AUGAAGCUCCUCAUCACCUUGUCGCUCGCCCUCAGCGCCAUUGCCGCUGCCGUCGUUGCACCUCGGCAGCCCACGUCGCCAUCCCACAUCGUCGCCCUCGGCGUUGACAAUUCCUAUAUACCCCUCUACUCAGACGCCGACCCAGUCCCCACUGUCACGACCUCAGAAUCCACUGCAACUACUGAAGACAACUACCAAAACGCCCGCGACAAAAUCCCCUUAGUAACCGAGCACGUCACACCCACAACCUCGCGCCCCGGCGACCCCGAACCCAUCGUCAUCCUCCCCUUCUACUUCCAGGUCAUUGAGAACUGUCUCCCGGACAACAGCAUCCAAGCCCGCGGUGUAUACAAGAAUAUGGAUUACGUGUGGGCCUACACUCUAGCCAAGGGCCGUACUGUCCAGGUUGACCACGGCAUCGGGGGAUACCCUUUUACGUUCCUGAUCGAACCGUUCGAUUACAAAAAUAGUAUCCUACACUUCACGUACGACAACGGCGAUGAUUUCCACUGCGAUUGGAACGACAGCGAGUCGUGGAAGAGGCGGAGAGAAGACUAG